AUGCUAAGACGAUCCAUUCAGUGCUUGUUGGUAUUCCUGAUCAUUUCUGAAUCUUGCAGUGGGCUAGCAAAAGAAAACUCCUCCCGGAACUUUGACAAGCUGGAUCAAUAUCGACAAGCUUGUCUUACCAAAAUGUCAGCUUCCUCAUCCGAUAGAGUCAAUGGGCUUCCUGAGGAGAACCCAACAAACAGAUCGGCACAAGCAGGGCGACUGGAAGAAUUAAAGCAACAGGAAGCAGAACUAUCACGCAAAUUAGCAGCCAUUCGAAUGGAAAAGCUCGCCGAACUCCAAUCAAAACCUUUGACGAUUGGAGUCAUUGGUUUUGGACGAUUUGGUCAAUUCAUUGCACGCACCUUUGCCAAGCACGGCAACAUCGUGGUUACAUCACGAAGUGACUACACAGAUAUUGCUGAUGAAAUGGGGGUCACCUAUGUGCCCCUUUCAGACCCAGAUGCCUUUUUGGACCAGGACUUGGAUGUCAUUAUUCUAGCAGUGUCGAUUCUCAGUUUUGAAGGCACCAUCAAGAGUUUGGCACCAUCGCUUCAGAAAUACAUUCAAAAGAACAACAGGGGACCACUGCUUGUGGAUGUGCUCAGUGUGAAGGAGCAUCCACGCGAAGUCUUGUUGCAGCAUUUGCCAGAAGCUUGUGAUAUUCUAUGUUCGCAUCCUAUGUUUGGUCCCGACUCUGGAAAGAAUGGUUGGCAUGGAUUGACCUAUGUCUACGAAAAGACUCGCGUCGACAAGGUCGUCUUUCAUCCCGACUCGUCCCUCUCCGUUGUAGAUAGUAAUACCUUUGUAGACUCUUCUGGAGCCUACCACUCGGUUCACGAAUCCAGCGAGUCCCAUGUCGAAGCCAUUGACCGUAUUGAACGAUUUUUGAGUAUUUGGGAAGAAGAGGGUUGUCGAAUGGUCCCGAUGAGUUGCCAGGCCCAUGACGCUUAUGCGGCCAACUCGCAGUUCAUUACACAUCUCAUGGGGCGUAUUCUCGGUGCCCAAGGAUUGCAAAUGACACCCAUUGAUACCAAGGGAUUCGAAUCCGUCUUGACUCUGGUCAAGUCCACAACUGCCGAUUCUUUUGAUUUGUUCUACGGUUUGUACAAAUACAAUCAAAACAGUGUGAAGACCAUCCAACAACUCAAGGCUGCCAUGGAAGAUGUUGAAGAGAAUCUUCGACGCAUGGAACAAGAUGAGCUACAAAAGCAAUUGCAACAAGAAUCAAGAAUAUCCUGA